AUUUACCUUCUGCGAUUUGGCUGGUUCGGAACGUUUGAAAAAAACAUUGAAUAUUGGGGACAGAUUAAAAGAAGCACAAAAUAUUAAUACAAGUCUAUUAGUAUUAGGAAAAUGUUUAAAAACGAUUCAUGACGGGCAACUGUCUAAACAAAAACCAGAACAUGUUGGUCCAUUUAGGGAGUCAAAACUAACAAGACUGUUUCAGAAAGCCCUUUCUGGUAGAGAACGUAUGGUUUUGAUAGUGAAUAUAAAUCCUUUACCAAAUUUGUAUACUGAAACACAAAAUGUUUUGAAUUUUGCUGCUAUUGCAAAGAAAAUAGUUUUAGAACAGAAACAAAAAGUACAUAAGAAAAAGUCGAGAUUUUCACAAAUAGUUAGAGAAAGUAUAAAAACUGUAACAGAUUGGGAUACUACGGAGUUAGAAAGUGAAGAGGUGCUUAACGCUGGCGAUAAUCAUGCUAUACCUGAUUAUGUUCACGUUGAAGAUUACGAUGAGUUACUUUGUGAAAAUAAAAAUCUAAAAGACGAAAUAAAAUUAUUGAAAAGUUCUGCAUUAAGUCGCGAUCUAGAGAUUCGUCAAGAAAUGGCGGAUACUUAUACGGCUAUGAUGAAAAACCUUGAAACUGAAUGGAAGAGUCAUAUAAACGAUGUAGAGGAACGACAUGAAGAUAUUCUUCAAUGGUCUGUGAAACAAAUUGAAGAUUUCUAUAAACAAAGAUUGGAUGAACUUAACUGUGACAAGAGAAAACGUUCGUCUAUUCUAGACGACAAUGCUGAUGACAGAAAAAACAUUGAAGAGUUGGAGAUUCAAAACUCACAAUUAACAUCGAAACUUGUGCUACUUAAAAGUAACGUGAAGCAACUUAAAGAAUCGAAUCA